GUAGUCGAAAUCAGAAUCAAAUCAACACUUCUUGAGUGUGAAAUAACCAAAAAAUCCUCUUCAUCACUACUCCGUAUCCUUCUCCGCUUAAAGCACCAAACAUGAAGUUCGUCAUUGCCGUAGUCAUGUUGGCCUUUGCCGUUGGCGUCCACUCCUCCUUGUUGGCCGCACAAAUUGCACCAGGAGUCUCAUACAUAAACCCGGUCGUACCUGGAUCUCUGUUGGGACUUGGUGGUCUGGCCGGACCCGCCGCUGUUACCGCUUGGGGUGGCAUCGCACCCGGUUUAUUGCGUGGCAUUCCCGACAUCUCACUUAGCCAAGGACCACUCGGUGCCGCUAUUGCGGCUCCCAUUGCUGCACCAAUCGUGUCACCUAUUGCUGCUUCACUUGCUGCGCCACUCGGUACUGGUCCUGGUGUCUAUGUGGCGAAGACUCGUGGUGCUAUCCACACCGCUCCUUUGCCUGGAUAUCUGAAUUCGGCUACAUCUGUAAAUGUGGCACCAGCUCCGGGUACUUGGUAAACAACAGUCUGACAGCAUUAUUUUAUCCCAUACCACCAUGAUUGCCACAGGAAACCGCUUUAAAUAAAAAAAAAAAAAUUACAAAAAAAAAUAAUAAUUUUAAGCAACGCUAUCUAGUACAUUACAUACAUACAAUACCUGAUAUGGAAGCAAUGCCUUUCCGCUCUUUAAUUUUUUGUACUCCAUGCUUCUCAACCACAUUCCAUUAAAUAAAUAUUAUAAGUGUGUAUGUACACACUUUUUAGAAA